GGGGACAAGGAAAACUAGUAUAAAUUGCUGCAUGGCUUUUGUUGCUUGGAUGAUAUAGAGAAAAACGUAUAUGGCUUCAUUGUUGUUGCUUUUGUUGUUGCAUAUUUUUCAUCCUCAAUCUAAUGUCCAUGCAUUUGCCACUUCCUCUGAUCAUGAUUUUAGUUACAUGAAGUCUGUACAUAGUGCCAAUGAUCUACCAGCACAAGAAGAAUAUGACUAUAUAGUGAUAGGAGGGGGCACAGCAGGCUGCUCUUUGGCAGCAACUUUAUCCGCAAAAUACUCUGUCCUUGUUCUCGAAAGGGGCAGUGUUCCUGCUGCAUACCCAUCCGUCUUAAAUGCAAACGGGCUAUUGGCUAAUUUUAUUCAAGAAGACGAUGGAAAGACACCUGCUCAGAGGUUCAUAUCGGAAGAUGGCGUUGAAAAUGUGAGAGGAAGGAUACUUGGUGGGAGCAGCAUGAUCAAUAUAGGUUUCUAUUCCAGAGCAAAUCCGGAAUUCUAUAGAAACUCAGGAAUCCAAUGGAAUAUGGAUAUGGUAGAGAAGUCAUAUCAGUGGGUGGAAGACAGCAUUGUAUUCCACUCUGAAUUGGUAGCUUGGCAGUCCUUUUUUAGAGAUGCUUUGUUGGAAGCUGGAAUUAGGCCAUACAAUGGAUUUGCUCUGAAUCACAUGGUAGGAACCAAAAUUGGUGGUUCUAUUUUUGAUGAUAAAGGAAGGAGACAUGGAGCUGUUGAGCUGCUAAACAAAGCAGACUUCAAAAACUUGCGAGUUGCAGUUCAUGCCACAGUAGAAAAAAUCAUAUUCUCUUCCAAUGCAUCAAGUUUAUCCGCAACUGGAGUCUUAUACUCUGAUUCCAAUGGGGAAUCUCAUACUGCUUUCAUACGCAACAGAGGAGAGGUGAUAUUGAGUGCAGGGGCAAUUGGGAGCCCUCAACUUCUUCUUCUCAGUGGAGUUGGUCCAGUUCCCCAUCUUUCAUCAUUGAACAUCCCUGUUAUACACCCUCAGUCUCACGUGGGAAGCUUCAUGGCUGACAAUCCUCGCAAUAACAUCAACUUUGUAAUCCCAUUUCCAUUAAACUCAACGACUCAACAAGCUGUAGGAAUUACAAAGGAGUAUUACAUUGAAGGCAUCUCUCACAAAUAUCCAUUUCCUUUUAAUCCGCCUUUCAGCUUUCUUCCAAACUCAUCGUCACCAUUGGAUUUGAGUCUGGCAAUCAUUUCCGGGAAGUUCCCGGGACCUCUGUCCAACGGUUUCCUCUGGUUGGCAUCCUCUGCUGAUGUGAGAACCAACCCAAUUGUCCGUUUCAACUACUUUGCAAACCCGGCAGACCUUUCUCGUUGUGUUGCUGCUAUGAGGAAGAUAGGUGAUAUACUUGAGACCGAAGCCAUGCAUCGGUUUAAGUAUCGAGAUUUGAAGGGUUCGAAAGGUUUUAAGUUUUUGGAGAUGCCUUUGCCUAUGAACCAAUCCGAUGAUUCAUCAAUGGAGGAAUUUUGUAGAAAGACAGUGACAACCUUUUGGCAUUACCAUGGGGGAUGCCUUGUAGGGAAGGUGGUAGAUGGUAAUUUCAAGGUUAUGGGGACCAGUUCACUUCGUGUUGUUGAUGCUUCCACAUUCACUACUACUCCAGGGACCAACCCUCAAGCUACCAUUAUGAUGUUAGGCCGUUAUGUUGGCCUAAAGAUGCUGCAGGAAAGAAGUAGCCAAAGCAAUUAAAGUUGAUUUAACAUCGAGUGGAGAUCGUACAAAAAUGACCUUAUAAAUAAAUUUAGUGCAUGUAGCACUCUUCCUUUAGGACCCUUGAGUUCUUGUCUUGGAACACACAUAACAGUUGUAUCAUUUUGGGCUUAGCUCAUUUCUGUAGUCCAGGACAUGUUCACUUACACUGAACAUUUCUUCUCAUUGGUAUUAAAAGUAUAAAUCAUACAAAAUAAUAAGGGAAAUUACAAAAUAAUA